AUGGGUCUCCUCCAGUUACCCGUCGAGGUUAUCCAAAGGGUCUUCCCAUAUCUCUCCUUGAAAGACCUUAGAAACUUCGCAUGCUGCAGCUCUACGCUGUUCAAGAUCACGAUACCGAUAUUGUAUCGUAGUUUUUGCAUAUAUUUCGCCGAGCCCACAGCCGAGCCCAUAGUAUCCCCGGCAGAUUUGGAGACAAUAAUUGAUCUAUCGGAUUUGACGAUUGGUAGUUUCAAAAAACUUUAUGUAUCAAAAAUCGGAUCCUUAGAACCGCGACCUUUGCGACCUAGUAUCUCCGAUAUGGACGACGUGAUCCUGAGGUUAAUACUUAAAAGGUUUGGCAAUGGACAGCUGGGAACGAUAAGGUUCGAGAAUAACAUCUCAUCUCGCACGUUAGCUCUUAUCCUCGAGCGACAGCCAAAUUUAAAUGUGCUGGAAAUCAGCGAUCUAGGGGCUAUGAGAGAGCUCUAUGACCCAUAUAUCUUCCCGCCCUCGCUUUUCACCCAACCGUUAAGACUCACGUCUUUCUCAGUAGGAGAAAUUCUGCAAUGGACAGCAUUGACAGUUCUUAAAAUUAUUUAUCAAAGCGCGUCUACUCUGAGAAAAUUACGAUUUGGCGAUCCACGGCACCACGACGCACCCCGUCUUCCAAUUUGGGAAGAGACCAUUGAACCCGAUUCUGAGAUGGGAUCUAUGCCCGCCGAUAGCUACGGAGAGCCAUUUGUUAGAAGAGAGGAGAGGCAUUUUGCUGCCUUGCAGUCUCAACUAGAGUUUGGUGAAAUCAACCUCCCAUUGUUAGAACAACUGUAUAUCGUCCAUGAUUCCCAGUUUGCAAAAUUCAUGCGAUUCGUCAUUCGAAUGGUUUCCAAUUGCCAUCAUUUGAAAAUCGUUAGGAUAUAUAGUUCGAAUGAUCCGUGCAGCUUAAUCCAGCAUCUAGUGAAUACUGGAUCACGAAGUAUAGAUUCAUUGCAAAUCGGGCAGUGUACGGAUCGAACGCCAUCGUCAAGCCCUUCCCCACCACGGGUGCCCCAACCUCUCCCGCGGAUCCCGUCACUAAAAACUUUACAGCUCACAAAUGACACGCAUACCAGCGACGUAUUCGCAAAUUUUGAGCAUCCUAUGGAACUCAGAAGGCUCUGGUUGCAUUGUUUACCCGCUCACUGUCACCCACUAGAAUGUCCAAUUAUAUCACGAGUUUUCGAAUAUAGCGACCCUCUAAGCCGUAUGUCUAUGUUGCACGAAAACUGGUCGGUUCUCGAAGAGCUUGCGAUUCCACACCCCGGUUGGUCUAAGGUACCACUCCUUCCUUCAUUAAAGGUUCUUCGUCUCCUCGACUGGCUUAAACUCAACGAUUAUAUAGAGCGCUCCGAUCGCCACUUAGACUCUACUACCAAAAUGCAGGCAUAUGUAACGAGACUGUACAAGUUUUCGGACGUAAACUAUGAUCGCCCGCCAGAGCUAAAGCUCAUCAUUAUGGAUGAAGAAUAUCAUGCGAAUGACUGUUACAGAUAUAAGACGCUCAUUGACUUUCCUCAAUGCUACAGUGUUGAAGAUGGAAAGGUCAUUAUGCUGAGGUCCAGGAAGAGCGCUCUAAGACGAUGUCAGGAGGCUGGCUGUUCACCGUACCUAGUCCUUGGUGGUUUACCAACACCAGAACAGGUUUGGGGGCAUGAAGAUAAAGAUUACAUUUAUAGCGAAGCUGAUUAUCUACCACCGAUAUGA